AUGUCUGCGCCACCCAACGCCGCUCCUGCUCGGGGCGGCUCAGGUCAGACCAACAACCAUGACCACUUCGGAUCAUUCCCAUCGGCACAGAAGUCAGCCUAUAGCACGCAGUCAAGAGUGCCUUCGAAGAGAUCAGACGAUGACAUUCAGUUCAUCUCAUCCCAGCCGGUGAAGAAGCAGAAGCUCGCACAGACAAAAUUGCAGAUCAAGAUUACACCCCCAACCACAACAGGGCCAUCUUGUCGUGCAAUUCAGCCGCAACAGGAACAUCAGUCUCCGUUUCAACAUAAUGGCCAGGUACAAACUCAAGUCACACCAUUUGCAGUGCCUGAAUUACAGCUCACGCCUGCUCCUGUGGUGACCGUGGCAGGAAAUGGCGGUCAGCCACAGAACAAGACACAUGCUUAUGCUUCUGCUCAGGAUCGAAGGAUAAGCACUGGCAUGGUCGGCCUGCCCCCCGACUUUUAUGAUGCAGAAGCUGCAAACGCCAUGAGGGGUGUAUCUCUGCCCCUCGCGACAUGCUUGGACAACUUUGUUCUGAAUCAACCUGCUGGCAGACCCAGGCCCAUGAGUUCGCCGCCACUAUCACCAAAGCAGCUAUGUCCCACCACACCAUUCUCCAUGCUGGAUGCUACCAUGUCAUCCCCUGAUGGGGUCAGCCAUCACAACACCCCUCAAGAGGCUUCAUACAUUCCGCGAAACCCUUCUAUGAGACCGCAGGGUGACAUCCAGAUGGCUGCUGCAAAUCAUCAUCAACAUACAAUCUUCAUCAAUCAGACCAUGACGCCCAUAAAUAGCCCGUCCCCGGCCACUUUGAAGAAUAUGGAUAUAGCAAUGUCAAACUCCUAUCAUAUUACCACGUACGCCGACUACGCCGAUGACGCUGCCUCUUACCAAUCACCACAAUGGAGCCAAGGCUCCUUGUCAAGCCUGCAUCGCACAGAGUCACAGAGCUAUGAUGCCGAAACCUCAAGCUUUGCCAACGCCUAUGAUGGACCAGAACUAAGUGGCAGCCCUCCGCAGACGCCAACUAGCAUCAGGCGAGAUGAGAUGCGCCAAGUAACACCUUCUACGCCUUCGCCGCUUCCAGCAACGACGUCAGCGAGCCCAGCCAAGUCAUGCUCGACGUCGUUGACGAAGCAUCGGAAGCCAGCACGCAAUCUCAUCGUUGAUAUUGCCGAGACUUGUCAUGAGAGAUUUCCCUUUGAGGACGUUGCAAAGCGCCAGAAUGUCACUGUUGCCGAAGUCAGAGAGGUGUAUGAUGCUGUUAUCGGCGUCCCACUGUUGGUGAGCGCCAGCGACCGGCGAAGAGCAGGCGAACUAGCCAGGAGUAGAAAGACGGAGUACCGGAGCAUCAAGAAGGACAUUAUGAAAGAACGAGCAGAGACUGCUGGCCGUGGGGCGGCCGACGGCGCAAAAGACGACACCGUGGUGAUUGCAUAA